AUGACACAAAUUGAUGCUCUUGCCCAGGCAAAGUCUCAACUGCCUCCUUCAUUUCCCAUCAUAUGGCGAGGCGAUGUGAGUUGGGAAAGGGCCAGGGUAGGCCGCGUCUUCAACCACCGCCGCCCAUCCAGUCAGCCUCUUGCCGUCGUCGAGGCCACUAGGGAGGAUCACAUCGUGGAGGCUGUCAGGCUUGCACGCAACCUGGGCGCUCGUGUCUCAGUGCGGUCUGGUGGUCAUAGCUGGGCAGCAUGGAGUGUGCGUGAGGGUGCCAUUCUUAUUGACCUGGGCAAGUACCACGAAUUCCUUCUAGACGACAGUACCGGAGUGUUACAAGCUUCGCCCAGCAUGACUGGGAGGAUGGUCAACAAGCUCCUGGGCUUGCGUGGCCGUAUGUUCCCCGGUGGCCAUUGCCCAGAGGUUGCUCUUGGUGGCUUUCUUCUGCAAGGAGGUAUGGGAUGGAAUUGCAAGAAUUGGGGCUUCGCCUGCGAAAGGCUGGUGGCUCUCGACGUGGUGACGGCCGAUGGGGAGAAGCGACACUGUGAUAAAACAACCAACGCAGAACUAUACUGGGCGGCACGAGGAUCAGGUCCAGGAUUCCCAGCUAUUGUUACAAGAUUCUACCUCCAAACAAUUCCUUCAUUCAGUCACAUGCGGACAUCGGUCUACAUAUACGAGAAGAAAGACUAUGAAGCGGCCUUCUCCUGGGUUAUAGAUCUUGCUCCUACUUUCGACGAAGGCACUGAGAUUGUUGCAAUUGGAAGACAUAUACCAGGCCGACAAGGAGAGCAUAUACUGAUCUCACUUGUCACGUUUAAAAAUAGUGACGAAGAGGCUCGGUCCGCACUGCAGCCAGCUCAAGACUCAGCACCACCGGGACACGUUGUUUCGUGGUUUUGCGAGCCAACCUCCAUGGCAGAGCAGUACGAUGAUCAGCACUCUGCCAACCCUGAGGGUCACCGAUAUGCAGUCGACAACUCUUAUAUCCGAAAUGACGCCGACGUUGUUUCUGUCCUAAAGGAGUCCUUCACAUCACUCCCAACAGAGAAGUCUUUUACCCUUUGGUACGCCAUGGCCCCCGGCUCACGACGCAGUGCCGAGGAUGGCACGCUCGAAGAUAUGGCGCUCUCGAUGCAGACAGAUCAUUACUUUGCUGCCUAUGUCGUUUGGGAAGACCAGGCAGACGACCCCAAAUGUCAAUCCUGGCUUACCCAUAUCUUUGAUAAGAUCAACCGGGACUCGGAAGGAUCUUAUCUUGGAGAUGCUGAUUUUCAGAAGCGCUCCACCGCGUUCUGGGGACGGGAUCAAGGUAAGAGACUCAUGAACAUCCGGAGGAAGUGGGACCCUCAGGGUGUCGUAGCUGGCUAUCUCAACAAGGGAGACCAAAAUGGGGUUGAAGGUUUGGAAAAUGUACACAAGUUGUAA